AUGAUGGGGUUGAUGGAACAGAUGAAGACAAGGCCAAAUGGUGGGAAGGAUAACGUAAUGUUUUCCGUGGACGAGCGGAAUCAUUUAUUGCACGGAUGCAUCUUGUACAAGGAGACAGGCGAUUUUCUCGAUGGAAAGGAUCAAUUGUGGAUUCAGUGGUAG